AUGAAGUAUGAAAUCAAUUUCAUAUACUUCUCAUACAAAACCACAACAAACAUACGCUUUGAAUCGGAAACAUUGGUCAGUCCGCCGGCGCUCACUAUAUGUGUGUCUAAUUUUCUGAUACGACCGGAACAAAUGGGAAUGAUAUGCCCUGUAAUCGGGUGGUCGCUAUUGUCUCAAUGGGCGCACGAGUUGGACACCCGGUAUGCGAUGAACACCACUGGUAACGAACAGUUAGGCAUAAUGUCAAUGGAGUUCACACACCGUACACAUGCAUAUAAUGUGACACAUUUCGGGAAUAAAAGCGAUGCUAUAAUUGAGUAUAAAUGUCGGCGCGAAUGCAGUGAUCAUGUUCAACGUUAUAUUAGUAUCAAUACAUUUCGCAUUCAAUUACAAUUACCUCCAGAACCGGAUGUCGUGUACGAAAUAUCACUGAAAAUGUCAUUUGAAGAGUACGUUGUGCUCAUCGGAUCACUUCUGGGUCUAUGGUUUGGACAUUUUUUGUGUUCAUUUAUUUUGAUCGUCACAUCGAACCAAACAAUGGUUAAGGAUAGGCUCCAUGAGCUCCGGGAUGCUCAGACGGAUGCGGACAAUCACGUGAUGAUUAUCGGCCAAAAUAUAUCAAUUUCUAAUCCAAUGCAUGCAUUUAUACAAGAGGUGGAAAUGAUUGGCCAAAACAUCGACAAUAUAUCAGCAAAUGUGGAAGAAGUGAAACGAAUCCAUUCAACAAUCUUGAGUUCGCCCGCAAAUGAUGAGAAUCUCAAGAAACAAUUAGAGGAAUUGAUGGCAGACACGAAGCGGACGACUAGUAAAGUGAGAAAUAAGUUAAAAGCGAUAGAAAUGAAUAUCUCGGCGAUGGAGAUAAGCGGUGCCAUUGGUGUCGACUUACGUAUUAAGAAACACUCGAUGUUAUUGCGGCUGUUUAUCGAUGUUAUGAAUGAUUACAAUCGGACACAAGUCGACUAUCGGGAGAAAUGCAUGGCUCGGAUCGUCAGACAAUCGCAUAUAACUGGUCGUCAGUUGACUAACCAGGAAAUUGAGGAGAUGUUAGAGUCGGGCAAUCCCAACAUUUUUACCCAAGAAAUAAUUACAGACACACAACAGGCCAGACAAUCAGUGGCUGACAUUCAGGCCAGAUAUGCGGAUAUUAUUAAACUCGGUAAUAGUAUUCGUGAAUUGCAUGAUAUGUUCAUUGAUAUGGAACUUCUUAUUGAGAAUCAGGGAGAGACAAUCAACAGAAUUGAGACACAAGUGCUCACAUCGAAAGCAUACGUCGACGACGGCAUACGUGACAUAACACGCAUACAAUGUAAAAUGUGUAAAGCAAAGGCAAGAAAGUUUUAA